UAGGAAAGAAUUCGCCCGUUUCCUGGACAACAAAACGCUAAACAGCCAAAAGAAGGAAUGCAACUAGCUUAACUUCGGAAAGUUCACAGCAAGUUCACAGAUAAAACUCGUUUUAAUUACGGGUUUUGUGUAGUCAAGUGGAAAAGAAGUUAGGAGACCUGGGACAUAGAAAAAACUGCAAACAUGAGUCGUAACUGGAUGACGAGGCACCACCAUAUCCUGCAUCUGGAAAAUAUCAGGAGAGAAGAGAUCAAGCGACUAUACCGGGAAAAGGGGCUGAAGGCCGGUAUGGCUGUGGAGGAGACCGUCGACAGGAGGAGACACAUGCGGCAAAUGCGACAGGAGCUCAAGGAGCGGCAGAUAGAGGACGGUCUAAUCAAGGCCGAGGAGGAAAGAAUAAACAGGGAAAAACAGCGGGAACAGGAGGAGAGAAUAUCUAAAGAGUUGGCCCGCAUCGCCCACGAGAAGCAAAAAGAUGAGAAAAUGAGGCAGCAGGUUAGAGCAAACAGCCUGGAGAUCAGGGAGCUGGAGUCCAAGCUGCUGGCUGCGUAUGUGAGCAAGGAGAGAGGUGCUCAGCUGGCUGAGCGGGAAGCGAUGAGGCGUCAGAACGCUCUGGUUCAGGCAGAGUUGGCCGACACAAUGAAGAGAGAACGUGAAGAAGCAGCCGCUGAGCUCCUGAAGCAGGAGGAGAAACACCAACAGGAGAUGGCUCAGCACAAGAAAGAGCUGGAUGCGCAGGUCAUGGAGAGGGAGAUCAAGAGACAGGAGGCCUACGAGCGGUUCCUCAAGGAGAAGCUCAUGGUGGACGAGAUCAUCAGGAAGAUAUACGAAGAGGAGCAGAGGGAGAGACAGCUAAAGAUGGAGAAGGUCCAAGCCACCAUGCAGCAAAUUGAGGAGUUCAAACGGGAGCAGGCAAGGUGGAAGCUCCUGGAGCAGGAGAAGAUCGAGGCGGAAAACAGACGCAUCAUGGAGUUUUUAAAGCAGCAGCAGGAUGCGGAAGAGUCCAGAAAGACUCAAAUGAAAGAACGGGAAGAAGCAAAGCAACAGAUCCAGAAAAUGCUGUGUGAGAAGAUGGAAAAGGACCAGAAGCAGCGUGACGACUUCGAAAGCAUCCGUCUGGAGUUAUACUUGGAGCAACAAGAGGAGGCAGAGAGAAAGAAAGACAUUGAAGAGAUGGAAAAGAGGAUCAGGCAGAAGCUGAUGAUGCAGCAGAGCAUACAGGAGCACAGGGCCUUGAGAGAGAAGCAGAAGCAGCGUCAGAAAGAGGAGGACCAGGUCUUCAGGGAAGCCAUGAUGGCCAAGUUCGCAGAGGACGAUCGGAUCGAGCAGAUGAACGCCCGGAAGCGGCGCAUGAAGCAGGUGGAGCACAGACACGAGGUGGAGAGGCUGAUAGAGGAGAAACGACGACAGCGAGAGGCUGAAGAGGAACUGGAAGCUAGAGCCAGAGCAGCUGAGCAGCGAGAAGAGGCGGCGAUUAAACGGAUCAUAGAAGAAGAAAGACUGAAGCUCCUGAAGCAGCAUGCACUAAAACUCAUUGGAAACUUUCCCAAGGACUUUCUCCGUAAAGAUGACCUUGAACACUUCGACGAAGACUUCAGGAAGAAUUUUGAAACUCGUCAGACUGAAGAGCCCUUGAUGACAGACUGAGAAGUUUCUCCUUCGGUUGGCCACCCGGGGGCAGUUUGAGGCUCCUGUGAAUGUGUUAGAUUGUUUUUUUUUAUUUCUCUGCAUAAAACACGUUUGUUCAAAUUGUUUAGAAGCUUACUUAUUAAAAUGUGCUUGCAGCAUUCUUUAAUUUCAGUUUGAUUUAGGAACUUACUGAACAUUUAUAGAUCUUUUGUUUUCAAGCGUCAUCACAUUUUCAAACUACAGAUUUUUUUCCACACAGUUGAACUAACGUUAACCUUUACUAGUUGAUAACAUGGAGUUGUUUCUUCAAACCCUAAUUUUGUUUUCAGAAAGUAGAUAAUCUUUUCAUCAGUUUGCAUGAAGUUUUGGUUUGUAAAAUAAUUGUGAAUUUUUGUAUUUACUGUACUAAGUCAAGUCUUUGAUGGCAAGUUUGUACCAGUUUUAUCCUCUGCGUUUGGUUUUGCAGCUCGACAUGCUUGCAGUGGAUUUUAUUUGAGGGGAAUUGAAGAUUUAACUCUAAAACCAUUUAUCUUAUGAAUUAUUUUUGACUUCACAUUUCUGCUCCACUUUGAGUUUAUUCACAAAACAUUAAAGUUUGUAGUUGUGACAUGGAGCAUGAAUACAUUUACAAGGCACUGUGUGUUAGUCAGGUUGGACAUUUAUCACAGCAUUUAGAGAAAGAUUGAGAAUUUUAAUUUAUUAAUUUCAGUUAUUGAUAAAUAAAAAAACUGGAAAU